AUGUCUACAAACUAUGGGGUUAUCGGCCUCGGCAUAAUCGGUUACGGCAUGGCCGGCAACCUGCGCAAGAAGCUGCCAGCUUCUACAACCCUCUACGUCUUCGACAUCAACCAACAGACUAUUCAGCGGCUUAUUGAAGAGUUCGGAAGCUAUGGUAAAAUUGAAGCCGCAACCUCUGCUAAGCACCUCGCUUCUAACGUCGGAACGCUCCUAUCAAGUCUCCCUGCGGGAUCCCAUGUAAGGACUGUAUACCUGGACUCCGAGAAUGGCGUGAUCGCAGCCGAAAAGAACCCAGAGUGA